AUGUCAACAACUAUUAGUUCACCGUUGGUUUCUCCUGGCGAUAACUUGAAGCAGUUUAUCUGCAGAAGUCUUACUGAAGUGGUUAGACUUUUUGAAGGAGUAUCAUUGAAUAAUGACCGCACUCAAUUUGAACAUGCAUUAUACAAGUUGGAACAAGUCAUUCAAAUUGGAAUUAGCAGUUGCGAACAAGGUUUAUGGCAUCAAGUAUUUCUGGAACAUUUGCUGGAUACACUUAUUUAUGCAUUUAAUACAUUACUCGAGGAAACCAUGAGUUUACAUUCAGAUUGUUCAACGAUGCCAGUGAGAAAACCAGCUACUGUUGCUAAAGAUUCGGCGGGCAAGCCCGCAUUUGAAAUAAAAAGGGAAACACUAAAACUUUUUAUGAGCUAUGGCUUCUCCUUAGUUAAGAUUGCUGAAAUGUUAGGUGUCAGUGCCAAGACAAUAAGCCGAAGAAUUAAGGAAUUUGGUUUAAAAGAAGAGGUCCCCAAAUACACAGAUAUUACAAAUGAUGACCUUGAUAAAUUAGUUUCAGAUAUUUAUGGAGAAUUUCCAAAUUGUGGUGUUCGAAGAAUGAAGGGAUUUCUAACUGCAAGAGGUAUAAAUUUGCAAUGGGAGCGUGUCAGAUCGUCACUAUGCAGAAUUGACGCCGAGGGCAUUAUAUUGAGAUCAAUGCAGUUAAAUUUAGUUAACCGAAGGCGAUACUUUGUACCUGGGCCACUAUUCUUGUGGCACUUAGAUGGCAACCAUAAGUUGAUUAGAUGGGGAUUCGUUAUCCACGGGUGUAUUGACAGCUACUCGAGGCGGAUUAUGUUUUUGAAAGCAAGCACCAACAAUCUAGCAAACACAGUGUUUAGUCUUUUCAUCAAAGCUGUUGAUACGUUUGGUCUUCCACAAAGAGUUCGGGGUGACCAAGGGAUAGAAAAUGUUGAUGUGGCAUGGUUUAUGCUAUCAAACCCUGCCAGAGGCCCUGAUCGUGGUAGUUUUAUAGCAGGAAAGAGCUGCCACAAUCAGCAUAUCGAAAGACUCUGGAGGACGUCUUUCAUGGUUGUACAUUCAUUUUUUACUAUGUCUUCUGGUAUCUUGAAGAAAAUGGUUAUUUGGAAAUUGACAAUGAAUUACACAUGUUUUGUUUACAUUAUGUAUUUCUUCCUAGAAUAA